AUGAAAAUAUUAGCACGCGCAUAUUGCUGGUGGAACCCAUUCGACAAGGACAUAGAGGACUUGGUAUCAAAUUGUACGACAUGUCAAUCAAAUCGUCCCGAUCCAACUGCGGUGCCAGUACAUUGUUGGUUGCUACCAAAUAAAGUUUUUGAAAGAGUUCACGCAGAUUAUGCUGGCCCGUUCAUGGGAAAAUACCUUUUUGUGCUGGUGGACGCACUAAGCAAGUGGCCUGAAGUUCACAUCGUCAAUAACAUGACGGCGGAGACAACAGUAAGGCUAUGUGGAGAAAUAUUUUCAAGAUUUGGGUUACCAAGAGUGUUCGUCAGCGAUUAUGGCACACAGUUCACUUCAAGAGAGUUUAAGCAGUUUUUAAAAAACAAUGGCAUUGUCCACAAGCAGGGUGCGCCUUACCACCCAGCAACACAUGGGCAGGCAGAGCGAUUUGUACAAACGGUUAAAAACAAGUUAAAAGCCAAGGGAUGUCAGCAAAAGUCGUUGCACCAUAUACUUUCUACAAUCUUAAUGGCUUAUCGCCGAGCGAUGCAUCCAGCAACUAAAGAGUCACCAGCAAUGAUGAUGUUCGGGCGCCAAAUCCAAUCGCGCCUAGACUUGAUGCUUCCACUAACUACUACAGAGAAUACGGAAUAUGUGCGUACCAUUAAAUCAUUUGCAGUGGGAGAGAGAGUUGCUGUACGGGAUUAUUUAGCCAGCGAUAAAAGGCGAUUUGGUAAGGUAGUUGAGCCGCAGGCGAAUUGCACUAUAACGUGGUGUUAG